GCUUCUGUGACAAUUGCUGCAACUCGAGGGGCUUUGAAGAAAAGGACGUUACUCCGUACGCCAUGCUACUGGCGCGCAUCCUGGCGGACUCACCCACGCCCCUCACCGCCCAUCAGCUCGCCAAUGAGUUCUUCCGCUCCGGCGCUGCCGCGGAGGCGGCGGCACUGAUGAGUCAAGCACAAAUGGCUGCACUGUCCCGAGGUAGAGAAUUUGACGUGCCUGCACGGAUUGCGCAAGCGAACACUUUUGCUGCUGUUCGUGUGUACAGGCUAUUGCACGCACGGCUGUCAAUGCACGCCAUCCUGUUACUGAACCUAGUGCACUCUCCCCGUUCCCUUCCCCUCCCCUACCCCUCCCCCUUCCCCUUCCCCUUCCCCUUCCCCUUCCCCUUCCCCUUCCCCUUCCCCCUCCCCCUGGCCCAUGGGCAGUUGGAGGCGGUGCAGGGAGUGGGGAAGAGCAAGGUGGUGCGCCUUGUGCCCACAGACAGGACCGAGGACAUGGUGGCAGGAGAGGCAUGA